UCCUGUCGGCAUUUUCCGCCGCUCUCCGGCCAGUAAACCAGCACAGCUGAUUAGACUGCUGCCGAUUAGCAUGCUGCUUCUCCCUAGCCCACGCCGCUCUGUCGUCUGUUAUCUCGUGUGUUCCUCGCCGCGGCGGAUGGCACGGAUGUGGUAAACAAAUGGCAGAUGUCAAGGGACAGUUGGGCUUUCCCUCGUCGCUCCCUCAACACUCGGCGAGUCACGGCACGGGGAGCGGCGAUGUUACGCCGGACGCCGGUUGCGGCGGCGGCGGCUUCCGGAGCCCGGGAACCGACGUCACUGCGGGACCGCGCCUCGUCCGAAUUGUGAAGUCCGACUCGGGCUAUGGCUUCAACGUGCGCGGCCAAGUCAGCGAAGGGGGCCAACUCCGAAGCAUCAACGGGGAGCUGUACGCUCCGCUGCAGCAUGUCAGCGCGGUCCUACCGGGGGGUGCCGCCGACAGAGCCGGCAUAUCAAAGGGGGACAGGAUCCUUCAAGUUAACGGAGUGAACGUGGAGGGCGUGACGCACAAGCAGGUCGUGGAUCUGAUCAGGGCCGGUGAUAGCGAGCUGGUUCUGGCUGUGCUCUCAGUUCCGCCUCAGGAAGCGGACUGCCUGGACCUAGGAGACGACAGCUCGGCCCAGUUCUGCUACGACUACUCAGACAAGCAGGCCGUCCCCAUCUCUGUGCCCAGCUACAAACACACUGAGCUCAACCAGGAGAAGUUUGUGGUAUAUAAUGUCUACAUGGCGGGAAGGCAGCUGUGCGCCAAACGCUACCGGGAGUUUGUGAUUCUUCACCAAAACCUCAAGAAAGAGUUUGCCAACUUCACGUUCCCCAAGCUCCCUGGGAAAUGGCCAUUUACUCUGUCCGAGCAGCAGCUUGAUGCACGGCGUAGAGGCCUUGAGGAAUAUCUUGAGAGAGUGUGCUCUGUGAGGGUUAUUGGGGAAAGCGACAUCAUGCAAGAAUUCCUGUCUGAGUCGGAUGAGAACUAUAAUGGAGUGUGGGAUGUGGAGUUGAGAAUAGCAAUGCCUGAUCAGACCACACUCACUGUGCGGGUUCGCAAAAAUUCCACCACAGACCAUGUCUACCAGGCUGUCUUCAUGAAACUAGGGAUGGAUAGCAUCACGGCUAGCUACUUUGCACUGUUUGAGGUCAUCAACCACACCUUCUUACGCAAACUCGCCCCCAAUGAGUUCCCCCACAAGCUGUACGUGCAGAACUAUACCUCGGCAAUCCCAGGAACCUGCCUCACCCUGCGGAAGUGGCUCUUCACUACGGAGGAGGAGAGCUUGCUCAAUGACAACCAACUUGCCGUCUGUUACUUCUUCCACCAGGCUGUGGAGGAAGUGACGAAAGGUUCCGUCAAAGUGGAGCAGAAGUCCUAUCAGCUACAGAAGCUGGCAGAGCAGCAGAAGAUGUCCAUUGUAAACACUAAAGACUAUCUGAAUCUGUUGAGGGGCUGCGAAGGCUACAAUCAAAUCUUGUUCCCUCACUGCUCCUGUGACUCCAGACGCAAGGGCCACGUCAUUGCGGCCAUCAGCAUUCAGCACUUCAAGCUGCAUGCCUGCAACGAGGAGGGGACACUUGAGAACCAGGCGAUAGCCUUUGAGUGGGGGGAGAUGCAGAGAUGGGACACGGACGAAGAGGGCAUGGCCUUUUGCUUUGAGUAUGCGCGCGGGGAGAAAAAACCACGCUGGGUGAAGAUAUUUACACCUUAUUUCAACUACUUGCAUGAAUGCUUCGAGAGAGUUUUCUGUGAGCUAAAGUGGAAGAAGGAGUUGUCCACAGGUGGAGGAGGAGGCCACAGACCAAGACAACAGGAACUGCUCCAACGACGGCAUGUGCGGCAAGAAUAUCUUCCAGCUGUUGAGGCAUCGAAGGGAUGGAGGCGCCCGGCGAGAGAGAUUGUUACCUCUUGACCACACGCCAGCAUCCCCCACUCUGCUUAGCCCGGCACUUCUGUAAAAACUCAAGAGACAUACAAGUCAGCAUUUACGCUCCUCUCCACUCCACAUUCAUGCGAACAUCUGCAAAAGAACAAAGCAUAUAGUGAACUCCUGCACAUAGUCAGGAAGGACUUGAGUGAAACAUGGACAAAGCGAGGUAAGUCAACCUCAUAGACUAAAACCACAGUCCUUACUGGAUGGAAAAAGGGAAACAGUUGACAAGGAAUCAUCAAGCAGCGGAACAUUUUGUCAAUCAUUUGUUUAGUUGUGUAUUGUGUAUAGGAGAAGAUAGGAAGAUGUGAGCACACAGACCUCUAAAAUGGCGCCACACUCUAUCUACAAAUGUUUAAAACCUACAAAUGUGUGAGGUGACAUUUGUGAUGGUUAUAGUAAAUGCUUUAAAACUUUUUUUUUUUAAAUGCACCCCCUAAAAACUGCUGCCCUGGGCAAUUGUCUAGCACCGCCAGUGCGCAUGAAUAUGCACACCCUAUACGACUGAAGCACCUUUUGGCUCACAACAAAAUAUUAUUUCACAUGGACUUAAAGGUUUCAUAUUACAGUAUUUUUCAGCAAUGUUAAGCAAGUCUAAGAAGUCACACAGGAUUGUAUUGUCCAAAAUGUCUUCUUGAUGCUGGAAUUUAGACAUGUUGAUAGUGCUUUAGUGUGUGUCUUUAGCCUUAAUGCUAACGCAUUGUUUGUCCACGCCUGUCUCCAAGAAGCACUAUUGUGCACUUUAUCCACUUUUGACAUAUACACUGUAACUCAGCACUUAAAGGGGAACUGCACUUUUUUGUGGAAUUUUGCCUAUUGUUCACAAUCCUUGUGAAAAACAUGUUGUUUUUUUGAAAUUGUUUAAAUGCAUUCUAAAUAGUAAAUAAAUGCUUUCAAAAGUCCGCUUACAAUUGAGCCUAUAGGAGUCGCCCUUAAAAAAACAUUCAGACACCUCCAAUAAGGUUUUAUAUACAUGCUGUUAGUAGGCUUAUUAUAGUAACAUUCACUUUUUUAGAAUCACUGAUUACUGCUCACUGCAGACUUCAUUAGAGCCAACAAACAUAAUAAAACAUCACUUACUGUACAAGGUCUG